UUGCUCGAACAUCCCUCGUGUUUGGCGCCUCCUCUCGAGACUUCUUGUAUAUCAUCAUUUCUGUUCGUCCUGACUACGUUAGCAUGGCACAUCCUAUGUCAGGGUGAAUUAACUCGGCGUUGUCGCGACAGUAUUCUCGAUCAGCCCGAUCCAACGAUCGCGGCCUGAACCUCUUCCACCAUGGCGACCACAAGUUCUAUGUUUAUGUAUAGCUUGACUAUACAGCCGCCAGCUGCCAUCACCUCUGCAGUGUUGGGUCAAUUUGCCGGUACAAAAGAGCAACAGAUCAUCACAGCAUCUGGCUCGAAGCUCACCAUACACAGACCCGAUGCCACCCAAGGGAAGAUCUCCCCGUUGUUCACCCAAGCCUGCUUCGGUAUCAUCAGGAGCCUCGCAUCUUUCCGGCUAGCAGGGAGCAGUAAAGACUAUCUGAUUGUCGGAUCUGAUUCUGGACGGAUUACCAUACUCGAAUAUGUCCGCGAACAAAACCGCUUCAAUCGUGUACACCUUGAAACCUACGGAAAAUCAGGCAUUCGCCGUGUCAUACCUGGCCAAUACCUUGCAGCCGAUCCGAAGGGAAGAGCAUGCAUCAUCGCGUCGGUGGAAAAGAACAAACUUGUUUACGUCCUUAACAGAAAUGCUCAAGCUGAAUUGACAAUAUCGUCACCACUUGAAGCCCACAAGCCCCAGACACUGGUUUUUGAUUGUAUCGCGCUGGACGUAGGAUAUGAAAAUCCCAUUUUUGCCGCACUGGAGGUCGAUUACACUGAGGUGGACCAAGAUCCCAGUGGCCAGGCAUUCGAAGAGGUUGAAAAACUUCUGGUCUACUACGAGCUCGACUUGGGUUUAAACCAUGUUGUCCGUAAAUGGGCCGAGCCCGUUGCCCGGGACGCCACGAAGUUGUUCCAGGUUCCCGGCGGUUCUGAUGGGCCCAGCGGUGUUCUUGUGUGUGCAGAGGACAAUAUCACCUAUCGACAUUCCAACCAAGACGCCUUCCGAGUUCCCAUACCUCGAAGGAGGGGUAUACUUGAGAACCCCGAACGAAAACGGCACAUUGUUGCUGGUGUUAUGCACAAGAUGAAAGGACAAUUCUUCCUACUUCUGCAGACAGAGGAUGGCGAUUUAUUCAAAACGACGAUAGAGAUGGUUCAAGACGAAAAUGGGCAACCCACUGGAGAAGUUCAAGCUCUGAAUGUCAAGUACUUUGACACGGUCCCAGUUGCCAAUAGUCUGCACAUCUUGAAGAGUGGGUUUCUCUUCGUGAGUGCUGAGAAUGGGAACCAUCAUUUCUAUCAGUUCGAGAAACUGGGUGAUGACGACGAGGAGACGGAGUUUGCCAGUGGCGACUACCCGUCAGACCCUUCUGAAGACUACUCUCCUGCAUAUUUCCACCCUCGACCUCUGUCCAACCUCAACCUGGUACAGAGCAUUGAUUCGGCGAAUCCUUUGAUGGACUGCAAGGUAGCAAACUUGCUCGAUGAAGAUGCUCCUCAGAUCUACUCAAUAUGCGGUUCCGGCGCUCGGAGUAGUUUCAAGACUCUUAAGCAUGGCUUAUCUGUUUCUGAAAUUGUAGAAUCAGAGCUUCCUGACAGACCUGAGGCUGUCUGGACGACUAAGUUGACCAGAGAAGACGAGUAUGACGCAUAUAUCGUCUUGUCUUUCAAGUCAGGUACUCUUGUGCUGAGCAUAGGAGAGACUGUAGAGGAGGUCACGGAUACUGGCUUUUUGUCAACAGCUCCUACCCUUGCCGUACAGCAAUUGGGAGAUGACGCCCUACUGCAGAUUCACCCCCGAGGUAUACGACAUAUCCGAGCUGACAAGCGAGUCAAUGAAUGGCCAGCACCUCAACAUAGAUCGAUCGUCGCAGCAACCACCAAUGAACGACAAGUUGCUGUGGCCUUGAGUUCUGGUGAAAUUGUUUACUUUGAGCUGGACACAGAUGGCUCACUUGCAGAAUACGAUGAACGCAGAGAAAUGACUGGAACGGUGACUUGUCUCAGCUUAGGCGACGUCCCAGAGGGCCGUGUGCGGAGCUCAUUUCUGGCAGUCGGAUGUGACGAUUCGACGGUUAGAAUUCUUAGUCUAGAUCCCGACUCGACACUUGAAAACAAAUCAGUCCAGGCACUGACUUCGGCACCCUCGGCCCUAUCCAUCAUGGGUAUGGCUGAUUCGACAUCGGGCGGAACCACUUUGUAUCUUCACAUCGGACUUUAUUCUGGCGUCUACCUUCGCACUGUUCUAGACGAAAUCACCGGGGAGUUGUCAGACACAAGGACCCGAUUUCUGGGAUUGAAGCCGGCGAAACUUUUCCGCGUUUCGGUAAAGGGUCAAAAUGCAGUGAUGGCCUUAAGCUCGCGGGCGUGGCUGGGCUAUACCGACACACAGACGAACGGCUUCAUGCUGACACCUCUGGACUAUGCUGGCCUUCAGUACGUCUGGAACUUCACGAGCGAGCAGUGUCCCGAGGGGAUGGUGGGCAUUCAAGGCCAGAAUCUCAGGAUCUUCACCAUUGAGGAUUUGUCAAAGAACUUACUGCAAGACAACAUUCCACUCUCAUAUACACCUCGAAAAUUCGUCAAACAUCCUGAGCAUCCACUCUUCUACGUCAUUGAGGCCGAGAAUAACGUCCUUGCACCCACGACACGGCAAAAACUACUAACUGAUUCUACCGCUGUCAAUGGCGAUGCGGUUGUCUUACCUCCUGAAGAAUUCGGAUAUCCUCGAGGAACUGGGCACUGGUCAUCGUGCAUACAGAUCAUUGACCCAGUCACGACAAAGUCGGUUCUCUUCACUCUUGACCUAGAAGAUAAUGAGUGUGCAACAAGCAUUGCGGCAGCACCAUUCGCGGGGCAAGACGAUGAAACUUUUUUGAUUGUUGGAACCGCCAAAGACUUGACAGUCAAUCCGAGAUCAUUUACUGCGGGAUUCCUACACGUCUAUCGAUUCCACGAGGAUGGUAAAGAACUGGAAUUCAUCCACAAGACAAAGGUCGAGCAGCCGCCGACUGCCCUCCUCGCAUUCCAAGGGCGACUUCUUGCCGGGGUUGGCACAGACCUCAGAAUCUACGAUUUGGGCAUGAAACAGAUGCUUCGCAAAUGUCAAGUCCGCAUGUCUAAUGUCAUCGUUGGCCUGCAAACUCAGGGAAGCAGGAUUGUUGUCAGCGAUGUACAAGAGAGUGUCAUUUAUGUGGUCUACAAGUUUCAAGAAAACAAACUUAUCCCUUUCGCAGACGACGUCAUUGCGCGCUGGACCACCUGCGCGACCAUGGUCGAUUAUGAAACAGUAGCGGGAGGUGAUAAGUUUGGCAAUUUGUGGCUUCUCCGGUGUCCGCAGAAAGCCUCCGAGGAGGCUGACGAAGAUGGCGCGGGGGCUCAUUUGAUCCACGAGAGACAGUAUCUCAGCGGCGCCCCCAACAGGCUCAGCUUGAUGGCACACUUUUUCCCAGGCGAUAUCCCUACGAGCAUCCAAAAAACGAGUCUGGUGGCCGGUGGUCGAGACGUUGUAUUCUGGACCGGUUUCCAGGGCACGCUGGGUAUACUCGUGCCCUUUGUCAGCCGUGAAGACGUCGAUUUCUUCCAGUCUCUCGAGAUGCAACUGGCCUCGACCAACGGAAACCCGCCUCUACUCGGACGUGACCAUCUCAUCUACCGAUCUUAUUAUGCACCAUCAAAGGGAACUAUUGACGGUGACCUAUGCGAAACGUAUUUCCUUCUGCCAAACGACAAAAAGUUGAUGAUUGCAGGCGAACUGGAUCGAUCAGUUCGCGAGAUUGAACGAAAGAUUUCGGACAUGCGAACACGAGUGGCGUAUUAAACGAGGUUGAAUAUGCCAAUGUAUAACUUGAUCUGGACGGAAUGGAAAUAAACGACUCAGAGAUACCCCUAUGUACAUGGUGGCGGCAUGUUCCCAGUAAGCUGAUGCCAUAAUGAAAGCUGGAAUUGCACUUUUCAGGCAUGUCUGUCUGCUACCUUUCUCGCUUAUCUCAGUCUCUCUGUUCCACAGCUGCCAUCGCCUGUUUCUCUUUUAAUUUCCUCAAACGUAAAAGUCUCUUGCCUCGCUCGGUCAAACACAUUUCAAUUGAUUGAUCUUGAGCUGGAUGCCGGCCAUUCCUGCAAGCUGCGGAGUAAGGGUCGAGUUACGAGACGAAAGCGAUCUUUUUAGCAAAGACGUUGCUGAUCUUUGAGUACGAUGUCGUCUUCCUUUUUGCAUGAUGGAUCAUUGUAAUUUAUACAGCAAGACAUUUACAUUUCACUACAAUAAGUAAAAUCAAGGUGGCGGAUUCAGAUCCAAACCUUCGACGGUCAACUUGAAAGCAUCAGGACGAG